UGAGAAAGCUCUCUGCAUGUGAAACAAUGGGUUCUGCCACCGUCAUUUGUACUGACAAAACGGGCACCCUCACACUCAACCAAAUGAAGGUAACAAAGUUCUGGCUCGGCCAAGAAUCGAUGGAGGAAAGAAAUUCAACUUCAAUUUCAGACAAUGUUCUUGAAUUGCUCCACCAAGGUGUCGGUUUGAAUACAACAGGCACUGUUUACAAGUCCACUUCAGGACCCGAAUUUGAGUUCUCUGGCAGCCCCACUGAAAAAGCAAUUCUUUUUUGGGCUGUCAUGGAACUAAACAUGGAUAUGGAGAAACUGAAGCAGAGCUGUUCAAUCCUCCAUGUUGAAGCCUUCAAUUCAACAAAGAAAAGAAGCGGCGUUUCAAUGAGGAAGAAGGAUGACAGUACGAUCAAUGUGCAUUGGAAAGGGGCUGCAGAGAUGGUGCUCGCAAUGUGUUCCCAUUACUAUGAUGUCUCUGGAGAAAUCAAGGUCUUGGAUGAUGUUGAAAGGAAGAAAUUUGAUCAAAUGAUUCAAGGUAUGGCCACGAGUAGCCUUCGAUGCAUUGCUUUUGCUCAUAAACAAGUUCAAGAAGAAGAGAAUGAAGGCGAAAAAGUGAACAAAAAUUUGAAAGACAGCAAUUUGACCCUUUUGGGAUUGGUAGGUAUAAAGGAUCCAUGUCGGCCUGGUGUGCAGAAAGCUGUGGAAGCUUGUCAGUAUGCUGGAGUGAACAUCAAAAUGAUCACUGGCGACAAUGUUUUCACUGCUAGAGCUAUAGCCACUGAAUGCGGGAUACUUAGGCCUAAUCAGGAUAUUAGUGGAGCAGUGGUAGAAGGUGAGGAAUUUCGCAAUUACACUCCAGAGCAGCGAUUGGAGAAAGUUGAUAAAAUCUGUGUGAUGGCAAGAUCUUCCCCAUUCGAUAAACUUCUCAUGGUGCAAUGCUUGAAGCAGAAAGGCCAUGUUGUGGCAGUUACUGGUGAUGGCACGAAUGAUGCACCAGCAUUGAAGGAAGCAGAUAUAGGUCUAUCUAUGGGGAUUCAAGGAACAGAAGUGGCGAAAGAGAGUUCAGAUAUUGUCAUUUUAGAUGAUAACUUUGGUUCUGUAGUCACAGUCUUAAAGUGGGGAAGAUGCGUUUACAAUAACAUUCAAAAAUUCAUCCAAUUCCAGCUCACUGUGAA